AUGGCGCUCGACCCCGCAGAUUUUACCAAAUGUUGCAAGGACUCUGGAAUCCUUAUGGUAGUAAAAUGCCGGAAAGAAAAUUCUGCGUUGAAAGAAUGUCUAACUGCUCAUUAUAAUGAUCCAGCCUUUUAUGAAGAAUGCAAAAUGGAAUACCUGAAGGAAAGGGAAGAAUUCAGAAAAACUGGAAUUCCUGCCAAGAAAAGGCUACAGAAACUUCCCACAAGCAUGUAG